AUGGCAUCUCCUUCGGAAUGCAACAUUGAUUUUGGCAAAUCAGCAUUCACUUCUGAGUUUAAGAAAUGCAUGCUUUUUUAUUAUGAGGUUUUAGAGUUUGAAGCCAGGUGGGAGAGAUUGGUCACUGAGCUUCAGCUUCAGGAUAAUCAGUGGGUCUGUGACCUUUAUGACCGGAGGAAAAUGUGGGCAAUGGCUCACAUUCAUGGCCACUUUUUCGAUGGAUUUUGGACAACAUCAAGAUGCAAAGGUUUGCCUUCGAUGCUUGGUAAGUUUGUCCACUCCCACCAUAAUUUGAGAGACUUUGUUGAACAAUAUUUUCGCUGUGUAUCGGAGAUGAGAUCUCGGGAGACACAAUCCGAUAUGCAUAGCGUGGUUGGACACUUGGUGUUGCAAGGUCCGUUACAUGAUUUGAAAAGGAUGGAAUCCCUUGGAAUACCAUGCGAUCAUAUUGUGGCCCUUCUUGUAUAUCUUGAUUUCAUGGAAAUCCCAACAAGUCUUGUUUUGGGGAGGUGGUCUAAGAACGCUUGGUCGAAGGUGAGGCAAUAUGUUGAGAAGGGACCGUUUUGUUGGGACUCUGUGGUAAGUUAUUGUAAUUGGAUGUUGAAUGACCUACGUAGGGAGAUGUGUGUGCUUGCUUCAAUGAGAGAAGAUCAAUUUGCAACAGUGACUGAGAAGGUACGCAGCGAGAUCAAUCAAUUAAAACACGAUAUCGAAGCUGGGCCUUCGUCAACCGUGGUUGUGGGCCAAUCGUCCACACUCGAGGGGUGCGUUCAAGACCCACUUGUUGUGCGUCGCAAAAAGAGGCCAAAGAAGGACUCAGUUAACCGUACCUUGGUUAGGGGCGUGAGACGGUGCAGCGUUUGUCGUUGGGUUGGGCAUAAUCAAACUUCUUGCCAGUCAAAUCACCGGCAGGGCCAGCGGAAGCAGCCUAGCCACGAGGAAGGAGUCGAUGAAGAUAACUACUACACUCCUAACUUUUGGGAGGAAGUUGAUGAUGAGUAUCUUCAUUACCACUCUGAACCCGUGGGGCAAGAGGAACACUUUUCUUUGGAUGAAGAGGAGUUCCAAGUGCCAUUGACGGAUCCUUAUUAUAGUUGGCAUGAGUAG